AAGUGAAUGCAAAAGUGAUUAGUGUAAACAUGAAAAGUGGUACUAUAAAUGUGGUAUUUGUGGCAAUUUCCCCUGAAUACCCCCUUAUGUAAAUGGACGAUGGAAAAUAUUUCAUUAUAAAAUUUCACAUAUUUCAAAAAUAGAGAAAUAAGUAAAGAUACAUUACAUUUUGAAAGUAGCAGCUAAAAUUUAAAUUAUAAAAAUAAAUCUGAUUAAAUAUUGAAAUAAAGUAAAUUAAUCUCAAAAUUUUUUGUUAACAAAUGUUAAAUUUUCACAAAAUGUAUUCACCAUAAAUAAGUCGUUUAAGAUUUUUGUCUUUAUAGAAAAGAAUAGAAAAAGACAUCUUAAUUUUAAGUAAACCAACCUCCAAUUCUAUGACAAAAAUACAACUGAGAUUUCAGAUAAAUUAAUUGCAAAUUCAUUUCUUUAUUAUUUUCGAAAGCUAAUUUCAUAUCCCAUUGUUUAGUAAAAAUCAUACAACUGCAUGCGUGGAAUAAAGAUUUCAAUAUAAAUAUCACACAUUGAUUUCUUUACCUUUUUUACAAAAACAUAAAAUCAUGAGCAAUAAGAAAGAAACAAAUAGGUCUAUUCUCGUGGUACUGCUCGUAUCAUGUGUGUUUAUGAGCACGGUGAAAUUGGGAGCUGGAAACUAUAUUGGAUAUCCAGCAAUAGGGUCUGGCGAUCCUCCAGCUCGUUGUAAUCCUAAACAUCCUGCAACGUGCCACCCACGAGAACCUGCAAAUCCGUACACACGAGGAUGCGAAAAAUUUGAAAGAUGUCAGCGUGAUUCUCAUCCACCAGCUCUUUCCAACAAAUAUAUAACAACAGACCAUGUAGGGCAUACAAAAACCAAUGACUAUAUAUAAUGAAUAAAUAUAUCACAUAUAUAGCUUUUCUAUAUCAUUUUCCUGACCCUAGUUACGUUAUAUAUUCAAUCGGUUCUUGAUUCGAUUUGGCAUGCAGAACCAUCGGUUAAAAAAUAGCAAUUAAAGAAACCGAAUUCUCUAAAAAUAAACUGAAUUACACCAAAUUUUAUCCAAUUAGUUAUGUUGUUUACCAAAUUAAAAGAAAAAAA